UACACUUUCACUUGGAAUAUCACUCAACAAUUGAAUAGUUAUAAGUGAGGAAGCGAUUUUUGCGGUGUUCACUCUCAAUCGACAGUAUUCCUAUCAUAUAGCCCCGCUGUUCUCAAAAAUAUGAGACGGUCUACGUUUGCGAAAGGUCGACCCGUCGCAUUGAUGACGGUGUUAAGUGUGGGCUGCACGCUAUUCUUUUUUCGCUACUGUUACCUUGAGUCUUCUGAACUGAACAUCAGUAAUUACAUCAGUCAGUCCUUAUUUCAAGCAUCAAUUUGUGAUAUAGACUACAUAAAUUCGGCGAAAUCGGCGUUGGAACAGGACGAUCCGUGCAUUUUAAGGAUACUUCGUGAAAAAUUUUUGUUUCCACCGUCUCAAAACAGACUUCACCUGUACGAUCCAAGGAAUCAUAAUCCUUCUCAGGGCCAAGCUGAUGUUAUCUUGGAUGUUCUGAAAGACCAAAAAAACGGUUUCUUUGUCGAAUGCGGAGCGUUGGACGGUGAACUGCGAUCCAAUACUUUGUACAUGGAGCUCGAUUUGGAAUGGCAAGGAGUUUUAAUCGAAGGCGAUCCCAAAAAUUACAAGAAAGUACUGGAAAAAAACCGUCGAGUUUGGACUGUUCCGGCUUGUCUCAGUACUUCGCCCUAUCCAAAGACGGUAGUGUACAAUCAAGCGUUCAACUUGGGCCGCAUUUCGCAGAAUGAAACAAUCGACGAGAAACGGGAAGAAAGCGUCCGCGUUCAAUGUUUCCCUUUUUUCUCCAUUCUUUCGGCUCUCGAUCGGACGCAAAUCGAUUAUUUCAGUUUGGACAUAGAAGAUGACGAAUUUGCCGUACUAAAAACCAUUCCGUGGGAUUGAGUUGAUAUCAAGACUUUGUCAGUGGAAAUCGCACAUGACCUAGAGGAUAAAAAAACAAUCAGAGCUUACAUGGAGCAGAAGGGAUACGAAAUUGUCGCACCAUAUCCUGAGGAAGGGGACACCGUGGGAAAUGACUUCAUUUUCAAGAAGCGUCACUAUAGUGACGCAUAGAAUGAUUUUGCUUAUUCGAAAGAGCAACUUAUAUUCCAAUAAGCCCAACAAGUUUUCUUGUAACUAUUUUCAAUUGUUCGUGAACAAGAUGCUUAUGAUAGCUAAUGCCUUUUGAUCGGCACUGUUUUACUUAAAUACGAUGUAUAAAUUUUUCAGUUGUUUAUUGUGAUGUGUCUAAAAAAAUUAAUAAAUUCAAUACGUUCAACGACAAA